AUGACGUACAAGAGCACGUCGACGACGGACCCCGAGGACGAAGGGAACGAGCCGUGGCGCGUCACGCUAUUGCGCGCGCUCAUCCACGGCGACCUGGAGAUCAUGACGCGCGACCUCACGAGCCACGUGCAUGCGAUUGCACAAAAGCUCACGACGCACAUGAGCCGCGCCAAGCUCGAGUGGGAGACUCUGCACUGGUGGCAGCUGCAGGACGCCACCCCGCUCUUCAUUGCAUCGCUCUUCGCCCACCCGCCGCUCGUGCGCUGGCUUUUGAAACGCGGCGCAGACCGCAACAUUCCUUGCUACUUGGGUCAAACCGCGCUCGACCUCUGCGGCGAGCACUCGGACGACGCCGACGCGAUCGAUCAAUGCUCGCGCUUGCUCAAAAAUUCACCCAAAAUCCCAAACGCACCGGAGCGCACCGAGGCGACGUGCCACAUCUCGACCGAGCAAGUCUUUCGGCACAUUCAGGUCGCGGAGGAGAAUGAAAAAGGCGUCCUGCGGCUCGUCGAUAAGCGCGUGCCUCAUACGUUGCACAAGUGCAUUCUGAACCUUCGCUGGGCGACGCCGCUCAGCAACGGCAGCAUGAUUGAGAAAUACGAAGUCCGGUACCGCGUGCACGUCCCCGGCGAAAAGUCCAUGGUCCGCGGGUGGCGCAGCCAGACGACGACGCACUCGCGGCUGCGUGACACGCAGACCAUCACGAUCGAAGGGCUCCAACUCGAAACGUGCUUUGAUGUCUCGGUGCGCGCGCAGAACGCUGUCGGGCGUGGCGACUGGAGCACGAUCGAGCUCGUGACGGCGCCGAGUCAUCCCAAAGACUGA